GGAGGGGGCGAGGUAAGAACUUCGAGGAGGUGACGCGGCUGCGGAGGUGACGCCGUGCGGUCGCGCGCCCCUUCCGGCGCGGGGAGGGCGCUGAAGAUCUGAGGCCGCUCGGCCGCAGGCCGCCUCCAGCGCCGCAGGAUGUAGCGCGGGGGACCGCGGCCCCCAGCAGAGCCUGCCCACCCUGCCUGUCUACCAUCACAGGGAGAUCUCUGCCCCUUGGGGCUGAGAGACCCCAUCUUUUCCCCAAGCUGAAGCUGCAGGGUAUCGAGGCACCAACCAGAUGUCUUCCCACAAAGGAUCUGUGGUGCCACAGGGCAAUGGGGCUCCCACCAGUAACAGGGAGCCUGACACGGUGGAACUGGCUGAGCUGGGACCCCUGCUGGAAGAGAAGGGCAAGCGGGUAACUGCCAAUCCAACCAAAACUGAAGAAGAGCAAACAUGCCCAGUGCCUCAGGAAGAAGAGGAGGAGGUGCGGGUACUGACGCUUCCCCUACAGGCCCACCAUGCCAUGGAGAAGAUGGAGGAGUUUGUGUAUAAGGUCUGGGAGGGACGUUGGAGGGUCAUCCAUGAUGUGCUUCCUGACUGGCUGAAAGACAAUGACUACCUGCUACAUGGCCAUAGACCACCGAUGCCCUCCUUUCGGGCUUGCUUCAAGAGCAUCUUCCGCAUCCACACAGAAACUGGCAACAUCUGGACCCAUUUACUUGGUUUUGUGCUGUUUCUCUUCUUGGGAAUCCUGACCAUGCUCAGACCUAAUAUGUACUUCAUGGCUCCUCUACAAGAGAAGGUGGUUUUUGGAAUGUUCUUUUUGGGUGCAGUGCUCUGCCUCAGCUUCUCCUGGCUCUUCCACACGGUCUAUUGUCAUUCAGAGAAAGUCUCUCGGACUUUUUCCAAACUGGAUUAUUCAGGGAUUGCUCUACUGAUUAUGGGGAGCUUUGUCCCCUGGCUGUAUUACUCCUUCUACUGCUCCCCACAGCCUCGGCUCAUCUACCUCUCCAUCGUCUGUGUCCUGGGCAUUUCUGCCAUCAUUGUGGCACAGUGGGAUCGGUUUGCCACUCCUAAGCACCGGCAGACAAGAGCAGGAGUGUUCCUGGGACUCGGCUUGAGUGGGGUCGUGCCCACUAUGCACUUCACUAUCGCCGAGGGCUUUGUCAAGGCCACCACAGUGGGCCAGAUGGGCUGGUUCUUCCUCAUGGCUGUGAUGUACAUCACUGGAGCCGGCCUUUAUGCUGCUCGGAUUCCUGAGCGCUUCUUUCCUGGAAAAUUUGACAUAUGGUUCCAGUCUCAUCAGAUAUUCCACGUCCUGGUGGUGGCAGCAGCUUUUGUCCACUUCUAUGGGGUCUCCAACCUUCAGGAAUUCCGUUAUGGCCUAGAAGGUGGCUGUACUGAUGACUCCCUUCUCUGAGCCUUCCCACCUGAGGGGUGGAGGAGGAACUUCCCAAGUGCUUUUAAAAAUAACUUCUUUGCUGAAGUGAGAGGAAGAGUCUGAGGUGUCUGUUUCUAGAAGAAACCUCUUAAAAGAAUUCAGUACGAGUCAAGGUUCAACUCACUUUCACAGCCACUGGGCAAUAAACUUUCCAUUUCUAUUCCCCAGCUGGGGAGGGUGAAAUGGUCAACACAGCCACCCCCCUCCUUAGCGGUCACCACCUCAGCAAGGCAACUACUAGUCCUUUACAGAGACGACUUUGAAGCUCAUGUUGAGAUUUUACCCCCUCCUCAAACCAUUUUGGGAAAAAAUUACAGACUGGGACUCUUCAGAAAUUGUUUUUCUGGAAGAAAAUGUCCCUCCCUUACCCCAUCCUUACUUUGUAACCUGGCUUAUAACAGGCCAUCCAUUUUUGUAGCACACUUUUCAAAAGUAAUUAUACCUGGUCCCACCUUUCUUGGGCCUAGACCUGCUUUCACAGCAGGAGAGCAAAGCCCUGACUUUUACAUGCCCGGCUAGUCAUGGGAGUGCAUCCAGGCCUCAGAUAACUUGAGCUUUAGUUUUGUUUUUUUUUUCUUGGCAGAGUAAUGUAAAAUUAAAAUGGGGAAAGAUAUUUAAUAUUUAAUACUAAGCUUUAAAAAGAAACCCGCUAUCAUUGCUAUGUAUCUUGAUGCAAAGACUAUGAUGAUAAAAGAAAGUACAGAAAACACUUGGCAUUCAUAUAUUUAAUGUGUGGUCUCGACUACUUGCAUAUAACUCCAAAAGAUUAAAACCUAUAAUCAUCCUAAAUUCUGCUGGGUCACAAAUUUGAAAGAUAGUCACGACAAGCCUGAUAUGUGUGGGUCAGGGAAUGAUCCUAAUUGAGUUGCUAGCAUCUGCUCCUCAGUACAACUUUAAUUUUUCCUACUUGCAUAGAUGUCUAAUUUGAGAAAUGACUGUGCUAUAGUGCUCAGUGAUGUGAAGAUUCUCACAGUUUAGUUCUAGUAAAACCACCUUGCCUAGGGUUGUCUCAUCAAGGAGCUAUUCUCUGCCCUCCUGUACUCUUGUGACAGGUACUCAACCCGGACUUCUGUUCCUUAGGUAGCUGAAGCCAGCAGUGAUCACUUCCUAGUUGUAGGCAGUUGAAGGGGAAUCUCAUAAAGUUGGGCUCACUUCAAGUUUGUACAAGUGGAAAAACAAAUGAUCCUUUUAAAAUAUCCACCGAGGCGAACAAACAGGAAAAAAUUCUUAGCCUCAAGAGGCAAUCAGGAAAAUGUAAAUUAAAACCAAAAUGAUAAACCAUUUCCUGCUCCAACAAGAUUGGCACAAAUUAAAAAGCCUAAUAUUGAGUGUUGGCGCUGACAUGGAGCAGACCAGAUGGCUGUUGUGGAAUUGUACAUUGGUAAGAUCACUUUGUGUGGACAUGCAUACAGUGUGAACAUGCACACGUGUAAACAUUUCAUCAAACAUGCUUGGGGGUGUAGUUCAGUGGCAUGCUAAAUACUUAGCACGCAUGAGGCUCUGGAGUCUAUCCCCGUCAUCCACAAAAAAAAAAAAAAGGGAAAAAAAUUUCACAAA